GAGGGGAUGAGGGGGAAUGAGGACACAUAUGAGGACCGGCGGAGAUCCGGGUUUGUGCAGACGCACGAACGCGACUGGGACGCCAAUCGCUGUGAAUACACCGAUGCCGGACCCGACGAAUUGCAGCAGCAGCAGCGCUGGGAGGAGGACAGCCCUAGGGAGUCCCAGCACCAUGGAGACCGUUUCCCCGACGACCGCCGUGGCGGCCGGCGUGAUGGCGGCAAGAGAGAGGGCAAGACGCGGUGGGGCGUGUGGGACGCACAUGACGGGUCUGCCACGAGGGACAGGAGUCAGGGAAACCCGGAGUCUUCCUCUCGCUGGAAACCGCAGGAUGGAGGAAGCCGGCAGAUGCCAGCGAAGAGUCGAGGACUGCUUCCGAAGCCGGGCCUUCUGCCGCCACCAGGACGGGAGCAGCGGCGGUCUAGCAGCUGGGAUAGACGGGCGGCGUCAUCACCAUCGGAGGAUUGGGAGAAGAGGGAUCGAUCCCGCGGGAAGGAGAGCAGUCGCGAGCGGUCGAGGCAGGAUCGCGGCCAGCGGCGCUCGGACAGCCGGGAGCGCCCGCCGCCGCGUCACACGCCGGAACCACUAGGUGGCGCCACGCCGCGCGUCUCGCAUGAAGUGAUGGACCUCGCCGGGCAGAUCCAGGUCGCCAUGACGACGGGCAACGCGGCGGCGCUCGGCGAGCUGCAGAAGAAGCUGAACGCGAUCACGAGCAAGAUUCAGACGGUGACGGCUCGCGACGCAAAGGGCACCGGUGCUGCCCUUAUGUCGGCUGUGCUCAACCAGCUGCAGGGGGGCGGCGGUGGCUCGUUCCACGACGCGGAGCAUGCGGGAUACGGCCGGCGGAAGCAGCAGAAGCAGGGAUUCGGGAAGCCGUCGGACGCGAAGCAGGGGGCGUCGUACCCUGGCACACAGGGAGGAGGUCAGGGCUACUCUGCGACGCAAGAGUACCACACGAGUUACCCUGCCAUGCAGGGUAACCAGAGUUAUCUUGAAUCGCAGAACCAGCAGAGUUACUCUGCCGGUAACCAGGCGUACACUGGCGCACAACAACACGAGGGCAGCGCCGCGGUGUUCCAGCAUUACCCUGCUGUGCAGAACCGCAAGGCCACGCAGUCUUACCCUGCUCGUGGAUACUCAAUGGAGCAGGGAGAUGGCGCCACAGCGCACGACUACGGGCACCGCGAUGCGGCGGACGUCGGCAGGCACGGCCAGCAGAGGGCGACACGAUCGCCGUCGUCGUCGUCGUCGCUGCUGGGUAGCACUCCGCUUAAGCCGAGCUUGCCGUUGCUGGGGCUGACGCCGGCGAGCGCAGGAUUCUUGUCUGCUGGCGGCUUGGCGCUAGACCGCAACGUCAGCGGCGGCGGUUCGCAAUCCGGCGCAUUCGACUGGCUGAAGCACGACGACGGCUCCAUCCCGGGUCUCGGCUCGGGCUGCGACACCUCCAGCAGGCCGGCACCCUUCCCGUUCCUCCAGAAGGCGCCACCGCUGCACCGGCGACCGGUGCCGCCGACCGUGCCGCCUCCGAAGCAGGCGCCGUUCAUGGCGACGGGGAAGAAGGGCGGCGCAUGGCAGCCGGCGACAUCUGGUGGCGAACAGCAGCUACCGUCGCUGAUGCGGCAGAAGAUGCGGGCGCCGUACCCCAGGCACUGACGCACGUGACGCAGGAUGCGUACGUGAAGCAGGAGGCUAACGCACGGCCUUGGUCCACUAGCAUGACCGCGACAAGAAUGAUGAGGGAGCACACAUGAGGUCCUCUUGCAAAAGAUAAUGUUAGAGGUCGUCGCCCGAGAGGUCACGUUUGACGUCAUCACCCAAGAGACCUCACACAGAGGUUUGCACACAAGAAGUUGCCAGUCGAUUAGACACCGUUGUUUAACUGCACUUCUUGAGAAAGAUGAAGCUGGUAAUGACUACCUUUAGUCAUUACACAUUCGUGUAUGCAUAUCUAUAUUCAGAAAUAUAUUUCCAAUAGAUUUAGAAGUCAAUCACUAUGACUAGCACUGACAAUGUAAAUAUAUCUCCUAAAAUAAAGGUUAAAAGUUGGAUUUAUUUGUUCGCAGAUUUUAAUUACGUGUUGUCAUUAGAUAUUGUAGAUGUAGUAAUGCCACCUGUAAUUACCAAGGGAUCAUAUUUGUUUUCAUAGUUUGUUUCUACGGUGUGCAUAUAUGUUGACAUGCGUCUUUGUAGUCAUGGUAUGUCGUAAUGAUGUGAUGAUCAUAUCGGUGAAUCAAAUAGUUCAAGAAGUGGUCGCGUAGAAUCUAGAAUGUUCCAUUUGGUUUCAUAUUCGUUUUUGUUAACCAAACUGCCCUCUAUUAUAUAAGUGAGACCCGAGUCAGCGUGCACUUGGGCACUUCACAUCUGCUCUCUGGGGCAGUGAAUAAGUAAAGUUGUGUCAAUCGUCGUUUGUAUUUGUAUGUUUUUCCUUCUACAACAUGGCUUAAAGUGGCUCUUGUAGCCGGAAAACCCCACGAUUCGCGUCUCUGCUCCGUGUAACCUCUCUUAUGUAUAAAGAGUGUCUUGGUUAGAAAUCACAGAAUAUAGCAGAGUGAUGCAUACUCGCGAGCAUUUUUUUUUGUUUUUGACGGGAAGGAAUUUUGUUUGUAUGUACAUCCGAUGUAAUUGGGUGUCGGAGAAAGAAAUAUAAUAAGUAAAUUAAAGCUAAUUAUAGAGAUAAAUGCAGAUGAGUCAUUGUUGUAAAGCUAGUAUAAAGUUUCAAUAAAAAAAUACUUGCUUGAUUCACUCUAAAUAGAAAAUAAAUCUGAAGAAAAGGUGGAUGAAUUAGAAGGUAUUUUCUAAGUAAGGGAGAUAUUGAGAGAUGUGGUCCUGUGUUAGCAUUAACAACGAUUUUUAACUGUGAAUUCAGUUUUACAUGGAUUUGUAGGGAGAUUUUUUAGGCUUGCGAGUGUCAGCGCUGCUGUGGUACGAAACGUAGCGGGAAUGGAAAUAUGUACCGAGAAAAAGUCCAUACGUUAACUUUUACCUGAAAAUUGUGGUACACCAUCAGAAUCCUACACUUUAUAACUAAAUUAGAAUAUAAAUAAUAUAAGAAAUUAACAUUUACUGUUGUGUUUAAUUUGAUGAUUUUUGGUCUCUAAAAUCUAAGCCAUGUAACGUAUGAAACAGUACUAAAGCUGCAUGUUGUAUUAUCAACAAUAUUUGUAUUAUAAUCAACAAUAAAGUACCGUUCUUGAACAUGA